UGUGAAUACAGGCUCAUCACUUGACAGCAGUGUUUAUCAGUGUGAGCCAGCUGUCACACUCGCUAUACUCUUCUUCUAAAAAUCAGCCAGAAGAAGGAAAUUCGUCUCCAGCGAACGUCUAGAAACAAAGUUUGGUAACCAUGACGACGUACCUGCUCCUGUGUCUUCUCUUACUCGGAGGUCACAGGUCAUUGGCGUGCCCCCACCCUUGCUCCUGUCAGGGACGUCGGGUGAACUGCAGCGGCAGGUCUCUCACUUCCGGCUCCAUGCCCCCCAGUUUCCCGACAGGAACCACCGAGCUGCGUCUCCAUGACAACCUGCUGAGCACCCUCCCCAACGGGCUGCUGGACGACCUGACUUCCCUGCGCUCCGUCUCCCUCCACGGCAAUCCCUGGAUAUGUGACUGCGGCAUCCUCUACCUGCGAGCCUGGCUGAGACGUCAGACCACCGACGUCGCGUCCUACCUGGGGGCGAACUGCAGUUCUCCUCCCAGCCUGAGGGGGCGCUCUGUGGUGUAUCUGACCGAGGAGGAGGUGCUGGAGUCCUGCCACUACUGGUACUGCAACCUGGCCCUGGCCUCUCUGGGCUCCCUGUUGGUGUUUGUGGCGGUACAGGCGGCUCUGCUGGUGGCUCUCAUCGUUUUCCUGAAGAGGUUCGAAAGGCUGACAAAGGAGGCCAAGCGGACCACGGAGGAGAGUUUCACGGCCGGGGAUGGACUCAGAGAAAACGAUUAUGAGCUUUUAAAGGACAGCAGCAUCUGAGAUGAAGCCCUUAACCCUCUUUUGACCAUAAAUAUAACUGGAGUGCCUUGUAUUUUUAUCUAGUAGCUGUAAAACUGUCAAAAAAUCUGCA